AUGAUGGAACCGAACAGGAUAGCGGCAGUGAUCGCGUUCGCGCUGUUCAUAGAAGGAGCGGCGUGGAACGCCAACGUGGUGCGGGUGGCCGAAGCGCCCUACUGCCCCUACCUCAAGGACGGCGUCUUCGCCGGCGCGGGCGUGCUCGCCCUCGCCGCCACGGCGCUCGGCAUCACCUCCUUCAUCAUGCAGCGGACUCAGCCAGCAGCUGGGGACGCGGCGGCAGCGGCAACGCCAGGCACACCAAACAACAGGCCAGGCGCAGCAGGCGGGCAGUCGCCGUCCCCCGAGGUAGUAAUGGACCACCCGCUGUUACCAUCGGGCAAGCCACAGAACGACUACCCUGUAAAACCCCAGGGAUACGAGCAGCCUCAGGUCGUCCCUCCUACUGAGUCUCACCCACAAGCAGGCUACGCACAGGCACCACAGACGAACCUACAGCCCCCUCCUCCAGCUGCUCAGGACAAUGUGUCCCACCACGCGCCGAACCACCAGCUCCCUCCGCGCCCGCCAGCCCCAGCAGCGGCACCGGCGGUCGCCGUGGCAGCAGCCGCAGCCUCGGAACCAAGCGUGCUGCAGCCGGCGCUCGGGCCGGUCGCGAUGGGCCAACCGCUGCCGCAGGUUCCGCUACAGUACUCUGUUCCUAUCCCGGCACCUCAGGUCGGCGGCGUGGAUAUUCCGGCCGGCGUUCUCCCCUCUACUGCUCCUUCGACGCCAGGGAGCGGACCGUCGGCACUUUCGACGGUUAUUCGCAACGAAGUAGCGAGACAAGGAGUUAAAUUGGCUGCGCACGUGGUGACGCAGUCCCUCUUUUCUGAUAACAACACCGUUGGGGAUGGCGUUCUUUCCAUCAUGACUGGUUCUGCUGGAGGCGACGCUGUUCAGGCUACAAAUUAA